GGAACUCAAUAAAUACCCUGACCACGCAACUCCGAGUCCUACAGCUUUGACGAUAUUACGAAUGAACAGAAUGAAAAAGCGAGUAAAUAGUCUUUCUGGCCUGUUUUUGUAGAGUAAUUGUGAUUUCUCGUUAUUUCACUCGCUAGUCCUUGUGAAGAUGGGGUUACUGCUGUUCCUCGCCUCUCUCUUCAUUGCGGCGUCUUUCCGUUCGUGGACGUCGGCUAGAAGUAUUGGACCACGGGGAGAAAACUCAAAGCCGCCGCCCAACAUCAUACAGACCAUCUGGCUGGUCGGUCCCCCCCUCUCGGAGGACCCUGCCGGCGAGGAUGGCCUCUAUCCUCCUCUAUAUAACCGGCCAAAGCCUCCUGUGAAGUCAACGUCUCGUAGUUCACCUUCCUUCGGUCCCUUCGAGGGUGACCUGCGGGCCAAGAAACAGCAGCCACCUACCGCGCAGCUGAAAGACGCGAAAACGGUCCCCGAGUCUCCCGCAAAAAGCUCCAGGUCCCGGCCGUUCGCGGAUGGGCGUCGCCCUGGGAUCUCUGGGCCAGGCGCGAUCCCCCGGGAGCAAGUCGCGGUGUGGUGCGGCGGGGGCAGGCUGUUCCUCAGUGUGAAGAGCAAGGUGAACGGAGUGCAGCUGAAGCCCGGGGAGCUGACGCUGGGAACCGGCUGCAAGAGCACCGGCGCCUCGGGAGACCGGCUGCUCUUCGACUACGGGCUGGGCGAGUGCGGGACCAGGCGGUCGACUCAGCAGGGCCAGAUGGUCUGCAGGAACGUCCUUCGCUAUGUUCCCUCUGCUGGGAAGCUUCCCAUUCGGAGAUCCAGCCCCUUCAACGUCCCUGUGAAAUGUGCUUUAAAAAGGUUCCAGCAGAGCAGCUGGGCUCGGUUUCCCUUCAUGCACAGCGGUCCUCUCUUGGAGAGCAGGAACAGCUAUGGCUGGGCUCUGAGGGCCAUGGAUGGUGCUUGGAAAGGCGUUGCCAAGUCCAACGUGUACAGUCCUGGGCAGCCCAUACGCUUCCAGGCCUCGGCCACGCUCCGCUCGAAGGCACAGCGACUGUCGGUCCAGUCCUGUUAUGCAACGUCCCUGCCGGGUUGGCACACGAGACCCAGAUAUAAAGUGAUAGUUAAAAAAGGGUGUGUAGCUAGAAAGGCCUCUGAGGAGCUGCGGGCCAGGUUUGUCUCUACUAGAGCAAGAGAUACGGUCAACUUUGUCAUCGAUGCUUUCAGGUUGAGCUCUUCAAAGAUUUAUAUGCACUGUGUCCUGGCUGUAGUGAAUGACAAAAUAACAGAAGGCAACAAGUUGUGCAACUAUAAUCCAGCCCGAAAGAGAUGGGAUGAGCUUAAUGGUGGCCAUGCAGCCUGUAAGUGCUGCAGGGGAAAAUGCAGAGAUGCAGUUCUGAGAUCCUUGCCAAAAGACACCAGAUCCACAGUCAGUACUGGGCCUCUAGUGAUUGUAGGCCACCCUGCCACUUCCACAAAGGCCAAAUGGGAUACCAAGCCUUCAUGGCAUCGGAGAGAUAGUGCAGGCAUCUAUACCCCUGCAGAGGCAUGGUCCCUGGGGCAGAAGGAGAGGGGCAAUGGGGCAAGGUUGCACCAAGACUUUGAAGAGGCUGGUUGGAGCCCACUGACUUGGGGAGAGAAGCUUUCUGUGCCCGACAAUGAGCUUCCUUUUGAGGAUGGUGGAAACCUGUACAAUAAAAUCCUUUUUAUGGGAGAACUGAAUGACCCUUUUGAAAACCUGGGUAAAGUCCAAGUGCAGGGGACUGAGAGCAUGGAGGGGUUUCAGCAGGAUUGGAGCCUGUUUUCCCCAGAAGGCAAACUGGACGAGAGAGACCUCCUGCAGCAAGAGUGGAACCUGCCUUUGGAAAUGGAAAAGGAGCUUGAGGAUGUGACCUCGCUCGUGGUGGAUCGUGAACGUGACUGGAAUUCUGUCGGAGAUACUCCUGGCCAUUUGGAGUGGCUUCCAGGGGAUGAGCCGAAGUGGGAAGAGCAUCCCGAUUUGGAGCUGGACUUCGUGUUGUCUUUGCCGGUACAGAGUGAUGCUCCAGAGAGCUUUGGGACUCUGUUUCCACAUUCAAGCCCAGAAGGGUUUUUUAAAGCCUGGGCUCAGGUGCCAAGUGACUACGAGAGGCAUGACCGCAAAAGGGUUGGGGACUCGAAAUGGGGUUUGGAUGUGUUUGAGAAACCAAGUAAUCCUCCAGUCGUUGAUGUGGCAUUCCUGUUUCCCAGUAGAAAGGAAAUCCAAUCUGCAAAUGGAGUUAACCUUGAUUCCACUUUCAAAGGAAGAAGGCAGGGUGUGAAGCCAAGGAUGCCCAAACUAGAAACUCCAAAGAUGAACAAGUACUUGGCUCUUAAGGAUGGACCUGCACAACCUCUGCCUUCAAAGCAGAAUGAUAAGCUAGGAUAUGAGUCAUUGGUGAUGUGGAGCACUGAAUGGCUGGGAAUAGAAUCUCAGGAACUUAAGAGCCCUUCUCCACAACGGAAGGCCAUCUCUUGCAAGAACCAGAACAUCAAUUCUAAUGUGCCAGGAGUUUUCCUCUCUCGCUAUGUGCGGACUCUGACUCCAGGAAGGGCCAGAAGCCUUCAGUAUGAAGUGGUGUUCGAGGAGGACAAUGGUGUACCUCCCAAGUGGAGAAGAGUGCACAGGCAGAGUGGGAAGAGCAGGGCACCAAAUCUGAUGGAUCUGCUGGGGUUAUCCAAGGCAGAGUAGCCAGCUGUUUCCCCUCACUGGUCUGUCUUCUAAAGGGCUCAAUGCCUACAUUGUACUGUGAAGUAACUUAAUAAAAGGAAAACUGUUGAAAGAACAA